AGUCUUUCCGGCCUCCAAGCCGCUCCAAAGCACGUGGCCCCUGAUCGGCUCAUGGAUGCCAUGCUCGGCCGGGCCAUGUGGCGACACUUGCUGGCCUUGGCCCUUGCACUCCGAGGUGCGCAGGGCUGGUCGGUGCUCAUCCUAGGCGGCACCGGCUUCAGAGGGCAUCUCACCACUGAGCUGCUGGUGCGGGAGGGCCACAAUGUCACGGUGAUCAGCCGGGGCAUCAGGUACUGGGACAAUUUCCAGCGGCUCUCGCCUCACAUGACGCACUGGCGGUGCAAUCGCACGCUUGCGCAGGAGCAUGGAGGCGGCGUCCUUCCAAAGUCAUCGGGCCUGGUGAACUGUACAGAGCUGGUGAACAGCAAUGCCACCUUCGACGCCGUGGUAGACUUCUCCACGCGAACCCUGCCAGAGAUGAAGCAGGCGAUCAGCCUGCUUCGCGGGCGCGUCUCGCUCUAUAUCUUCAUCUCCUCCCAUGCCGUGUAUGACGUGGCCAAGAAUCGAACGCAUGACGAGGAGUACCUGCUGGAAUCAGAUGCAGUGCGGCCUGGGAGGGAGGUCUCACCUUUGGACCGGUGGGCGCUUAAGGGCAAGAGCGUCCGUGGGGACAAUGAGUUAGAGUGCGAGGAGGAGCUCCUCAAACAGUACAAUGCUGGAGGAUUUCCCUAUGUGACCCUGCGCCUGGGGAAUGUCUUCGGCCCGAAGGAGAACUCCAUCCGGUACUGGUUGCUUCACCUCUGGGUCAAGGCCUGCGUCGCGCUGACGCUGCCGCUGCACGUGGACAACAGCUUGGAGGCGACCCCCAUCAGCAUGACCUACACGCCAGACAUCGCGCAGGCAGUGCGCUUGGCCAUCGCCAAGGGCCUCAACGAGAGCUGCUGCGCUGAGAAGGUGCACGGCGAGGCCUUCAACCUAGCCUGCGAAGAAAUGCCGAGCCAACGGGUGCUGUACAACUACAUUGGCGAGCCUGCUGGCAUGCCGUACGUGGAGACCAUCGAGUUGCCCCACAACCUGUCCAUUGUGCUGUACCCGGACAACCUCCAGGGCCCAAUCAGCGUGGCCAAGGCGCAGGAGGUGCUGCGCUGGUCCCCGACGACCUUGAACAAAGCGCUGCGCUCCGUUGCCCGCUUCUACGAGCGGAUCAUGCUGGAGGCUAAGAAGCACAAGCAGGAGAUCGAGUACAUGUACCGCAAGAUCAAAGCGAUGCUGGGUGCGGAUGGCCCCCGCUUCGUGGAAUGGAGCAGGGCGCGCUAUGCAGAGCGCCGAAAAACGGAGCUCUACGACGAGCUGGACGACGAGGACGAGGAUGAGAUCAUCCUGUCGCGGAAGGCGAGCGCAGAUCGCCAUGGCAAAGGGUCAAAGCGCCCGAAAAGAGAGCUGUGAGCGGCAGAAAAGCAAAACCCUCGAUCCCAGCCGGUGUGACACCGGCCAGCAAAGAACGGGACAGGUUUGGCCAGUAGGAAGGGCAUAUCCUUGGGGUUGGGGCCUG